AGUGACACAUCAGCAAGGUGACACGUCAGCAGCAGGUGACACAUCAGCAUGAUGGCUCCACUGGGCAUGGCAGGCCAGCUCACCGGCGAAUCCAUCUCAGACUUCCGCAAGCGUAUUCAAGAUCAGCUCGCACAGAUUGAAUUAGAGGAACAGCGCCAGGCGGAUGCCGAAGCUGCUCGGCUACGGGCUGCAGCCGAAGCAGCAGCUGAACAAGCACGGCUGCAGGGUGCAACCGAUCAUGAAUCCCAGGAGCGCCGCAAGGAAGCAUGCAGCUUGCUGCAGCGGCACGAAACAGCCACCAUUGAACGGCUCAAGCUCUGGCACUUUGAGCCCUCCGAUGAACAUGAGAACGCGACGGCCGACGAAGAGCACAAGGAGUUUCUCUCCAAAAUCGUGUGGCGUCUGGUUUACACUUGUAAGCAGCAGCAGCUCGAGUUGGAGAACCUUCGACCGGCGGUGCAGAACCACAAGGCCCUGCAUGAGGACGCUACACGGGCACUGAACGCCUGUAUCCAAGCCUUGGAGAAACCAAGACCGGAAGCAGGCCAGGCUAGUACCAGCCAGCCGGCAGCGUCAUCCCGCCAGUUCGAGGAAUGCCUUGAUCAUGUGGUCACCCUCUUGGGCGACAUCAACAAAUUUGCAGCACCCGCGACCGUCAGUCAGCAACUCACCGCGCUGCGAACCGAGGUUCGGCAACUGCAACUGCCCGGCGAUGGAAACAGCAAGAGGGAGUACAAGAUACCAUGGCAGAUCGAAAAGUUUGGUGAUUACACUUAUCAAGACCCCGUCAUCUGGUGCCAGUCAUUCACAACGGAGCCUCAGAUACACCAAGUACCCGAACAUCUCUACGUGUCGGCACUAUACCUCAACGCCAAGGGAGGAUACUAGAUCUGGUUAAACCACAUGACAACCUUACAUGGCGUCGCGGUCGCUGAUCUGCACACCAAGAUUUCUUAGAAGGACUUGGGAAAGGAGUGGAAGAUCAUUGUCGAUGAUGCUCCAGCACUCGCCGUCAACCGCAUCUUCGGCAUGUCUCAAGGAAACACACCUACGCAAGACUGGUUAACGGAAUGGCAAAAGAUUGUGGCGACGGCGGAUCUUGACUCUCGUUUCCUCACUUGCACCAGGAGUUCUGCAACCGAUCG